GUUUAUUAGAUGAAAUACCGAUAAAUCCAGAAUACUCCACCUACAAAAGAUACAAUGCCUCACAACUAACCAGCAGAACAACUCCUCCAAAAUGUGUUCAAAUGUUAGUUCGGGAUUUUAUUGACGAUUCGUUAUAUAAUCCAAAUUAUGGGUAUUUUUCAAAACAAGCAAUUAUUUUCUCAUCCGAAAAAGAAUUUGAAUUUAAUAAAAUUAAAGAUAAUUUGGAAUUUAUGAACUUGGUGGCAAAAAUGUAUAAAGAACAUGAAGUGCCUUUAGAUGUAACAAAUAAAGCGUCUAGACAACCUUGGUAUGGAUAUGCAAUAGCAAAAUACGUAGUUACUGAAUAUAAAUUAAGCGGUUAUCCUUCACAUGAUCUGAUAAUUUAUGAACUUGGAGCUGGUAAUGCAACUUUAAUGCCUGAACUACAACUCCAAAGUCAAAAUGUUCAAAAUAAUAAGAACGUACAUGAUUGUGUUGAAGUUAUCAAUAAGAGUAUUUUUGAUUGGAAUGAACUUGUUGCUGAUCCUUGUUAUAUUUUUGCCUUUGAAGAUAAUUUCGCUCAUGAUUUAGUUCGUUAUGAUUAUGUCGCCGAAAAACCAUAUCAAGCUAUUGUAGUAAUAGACGACAAAGGUGAAUUUGAAGAAAUAUAUGAACCUGUUAACGAUCCGUUAAUUACUCGCUACCUUACUCUUCGUAGCAGAACUCUUUAUAAAACUCCUGUUCUACAAAACCGUUUUUUCCGAAAAUUACGCAACAAACUUCCAUUUUCCCCAAAUAUGACCUCCCCGGAGUUCAUUCCCACAAAAGAAUUAUUGUUUCUUGAAAUACUAAAAGACUAUUUUCCACAGCAUCGUUUAAUAAUUUCGGAUUUUUAUAAACUUCCCGAUACAAUUAGAGGUAUAGAUGCCCCUGUGGUACAAACUCGUUAUGAAGAUACUAUGGUCCCUUGUUCAACUUUUAUGGUAUCUCCGGGCUGGUUUGAUAUUUUCUUCCCUACCAAUUUUGAAUUAUUGAGAGAUAUUUAUCUGUUGGUUUGCCAUUCUGGCAAAGCGAAAGAGAAUAUUAGAAUUUUGACACAACACGACUUUUUAAAACGUUACGCUGAUUUGGAAAGAACUAAAACUAGGA